UCUGUGACCACGCGUUGUCGAGUGGGUGUGAUCUGGAAACUGCAAUUAUGGGCCUGGCAAGAUAUGGUGGUGGACGGGGCUUGGUUGGAAUGGGGUGAUGGGAGUGGUGGUAUGCUUGGCACUGGGCGUGUUGCCGUCGGUGGCGGCUCGACAGACAUUGGACGGCAAAUCGAUCUCGUCGCGGUUCCUGGCCAUGGACGAGAAGGAUGAGACGCAUGCUGGCGAUUAUGCCAUGUAUCUGGCUGCGGUGGCGCUGCCUUUUCUUAUUCUGGCGGUGCUCGAGUGCUUGACUAUUCCAGUCUUCUCCUGUGGGCGAUGCUGCGGAUGCUGCGGUGGGCGGAAGCCGCGGCCGGGCCUCUGCUGCGGGCGCGGCAAGGUGCCCAAGCUCUACUCCAAGCUCGAGAUCACCGGAUCCAAGGUCAUGGCUAUGCUGGCGAUUGUUGCACUUGCGGUGACAAUGACCUUGGCGUACACGGCGAACAAGGAGGUGAGCGAUGGGACCAAGGAGGCGGUGGUGGCGCUGACCGGCAACAUGCGCGGGGUGCUGAACGACGUGGUGUACGUCCGCGACACCCUCGUCUCGAUCACCUACACCUCGUCUGACGGCGACGCCAUGUCACCUGCGGUGGAUGAGGGCCGAAACAUUGACUCGCAGGGCCGCGACGUCGAGAAGCUCAUCGAUGACUUUGAUCUCUACCGUGCACUCGCGCUCAACCUCUCGUUUGCUAUCCCAGCCGCGUUUCUUCUCCUCGGCACCAUCUGCGGCAUCUGCAACUUUCGCAAGUGCUCGAUCCACCUUGUCCUCGCCAUGCUUGUAUUCUUCGGCUGUGUGGUGCUCUGGAUCUCGGUGGCUGUUCACUCUGUGGUUUUUCGGGUCACCGACGACCUGUGCGUCGAGAUCGAGUCGCCCAACAACGUCAAGUCGCUGCGGGAGAUUCUCGGAUGCGCCGACAACUCGUCGAGCUCGUUUGACGUCCUUCGGGAGACGCAGGAGAAAGGCCAGGCCGCUGCUGUGGCUGCAGCCUGCUACGAUCUGGUCGACCACCCGCAAGCGCUCUGUACCUCGCCAGGCGUCUCGGGCUGCCCGUCGUCCACCUCGUGCUCGGCAAGCAAUGUGUUUAUUUUCGAGCGCGACGUGCGCAUCGGUGUCGCUGGUUACAACAUCUCACAGUGCGCCGAGCUCUGCGCUGAUGGAAGCAACGAGAAGGAGCGGUCCGUGGUUAUCGCGGGUGCGUUGCGCGACCAUCGCAAGUACGAGUCGGUUUCAGCCGUCAUCGGAAACUUGCUGCAGUGCAACUACGUCGAUCGCGCUAUUGCCCAGUUCUCGGCCGGCCUCUGCUCGACACUCACCUCUGGCUUGCAAGGCAUUGCACAGACGCAGAUCGCGGCGGGUGUCCUGCUGUCGCUCGGCGGCGUGGUCCUCAUUCUCGGCCAGAAGCGGUUCCUCCCGACGUCAUCGUCCAAGGAGGCGCUGGGCGCAGUGGUGGCGGCCGGCGCGGCCGGCGGCGCUAUGACCGCCAUCGUUGCCAAGGACGGAUGGGGCAAGGACGACGGAGAGUACUCGUACUACGACGAUUAGCCGUCUGUGUCGUAGUGUUGCGGGCGGUGGGGGAAGAAGGGGGUGGCUGACAACUCCACCACCCAAUGCACUGCGAGCAAGGGCAGAGCAAUAGAUAAUCAAAGAUGCGUUUGUUUCUGCAGAGGACACGCACGCGAUC